ACUCAUAAUUCUGAUGACGAUCUGAUGGCCAGAAUAGCUGAAAAUUAUAACACUUUUAAAAUAAAGAAAAUAAGAAAUGGAUCACAAAAAAGUUGGGAGAAAUUUUACACAAGAAAUAAGGACAAGUUUUUCAAGGAUAGAAAUUGGUUUGAAAAGGAAUUUUAUGAGCUAGAUUUAUCCAAUGAACAGGUUACUUUGUUAGAAGUUGGUUGUGGAGUCGGAAAUUUAAUUAUACCAUUGCUCCAAAGACAUAAGAAUUUAUACAUCAUUGGCUGUGAUUUUUCUAAAUCUGCCCUCCUGAUUCUCAAAGAUAAUUUAGCAAAGAAAAAUUUAUCCCACAGAACUAUUAUUUAUGAUGCUGAUAUUACUAAAGAUAAUUUGCAGAAUUAUCAAAUUUUUGAUACCAGAAAAGCUGAUUACAUAACAUUAAUAUUUGCUCUCUCUGCUAUUGAUCCUAUAAGCCAUUUACAUGUUUUACAAAAUUUUUAUCAAGUACUGAAAAAUGGGGGGAAAAUCUUAUUUAGAGAUUAUGCUGUAUCAGAUCAUGCCAUGCUGCGAUUUAAAAAGCUCAAUCAAAUCAAUGCAAAUUUUUAUUACAGGCAAGAUGGAACUCUGUCUUAUUUUUUCAGCAUAGAUUACCUCAGACAGAUCUUUGAAAGUGUGGGUUUUAUUACUGAGGAAUGCCAAUACAUAAAAAAGGAAAUAAAUAAUAUAAAGGAAAAUAUAAAGAAUAUUCCACGUCAAUUUAUACAAGCCAAAUUUAUGAAACCAAUAUAAAAUAAAUUAUACAUAAGAAUGGGUCAUUUGUUUUUAUAUCAUUUUAAAAUGAAUGGGCAUAUUUUUCAAAAUAAACAUGAAAAAAAUUUACAUUGUUUAUUAGGACAUGGGAAAAUAUGUUAGUAAAAGUUAUAUUAAGUGAAAUUUUAAAAUUAACUUAUUUAGAUAAAAUA